AUGGCGACCAAGAAGCUUGCGCGGCAGCUUGGAUUAAUUAGAAGAAAGUCAGUUGUACCAGCAAAUGGAAAUCUAGGAAGAAGCAAAUCCAAGCAGUUGUUUGACUACUUAAUUGUCAUUGAUUUUGAGUCAACAUGUUGGAAUGAUGGGAAACGCCGCCAGAGCCAAGAAAUAAUUGAAUUUCCAGCAGUAUUGCUGAACACAUCAACUGGAGAGAUUGAAUCUGAGUUCCAUGCUUACGUUCAGCCUCAAGAACAUCCAAUUCUUUCUGAAUUUUGCAUGGAACUGACAGGCAUAAAACAGGCUCAAGUUGAUGAAGGAGUCCCUCUGAGGAUUUGCUUAUCUCAGUUCUGUAAAUGGAUUCAGGAGAUUCAGCAACAGAAGAAAAUUAUUUUUGCUGCUGGGAUUUCAGAUCUGCCUAAUUCCGAAGUAAAAUUAUGUGCAUUUGUUACUUGGUCAGACUGGGACUUGGGGGUUUGCCUGGAGUAUGAGUGUAAAAGAAAACAGCUGUUAAAACCCGCAUUCUUAAAUUUUUGGAUUGAUCUCAGAGUAACUUACAAGAUUUUCUAUAGAAGAAAACCAAAAGGACUAAGUGGUGCCCUGCAGGAAGUGGGAAUAGAAUUCUUAGGACGAGAACAUUCUGGGUUGGAUGAUUCUCGGAAUACUGCCCUACUUGCUUGGAAAAUGAUCAGGGAUGGUUGCUUAAUGAAAAUUACAAGGUCCUUGAACAAGGUCCCCACUAAGAAGAAUUCCAGCGUUUUCGCCAGAAAUUUGAAUACGAAUCAAGUUGAAGAAAGAUCCGCCUGCAACAGUAGCAUUCAGGGUCUGAGUAUAUAUGAUAGGGAGCCUGAAAAUACAGUAAAUUCUCUUGAAAAAGUUCACAUGAGGCCAGGUGGUGUGAAUUCUCCUAUAAAGGUACAACAGGAUCAGCUCCAACUAAAGAGCAAUAUAAAAGCAGGUCUUCAUAAUGGCAAAAGCUAUUCAUCUCUUUUUAAUACAAAGUCCUCUACUUCUCUGGAGCAGUUGCCAUCUGCCAGCUUGAAUACACCUAUGCAGAAGCACAUAAGAAACAAACACCUUGCAUUUAAUACCAAAUCUAAGUCUUCAGUAAUUGGUUCAGAAUUGGUACUUGUAUCAACUACCAUUUCAUCUGUUAAUCAUGUUUCUGAUACGGAAAUGAGUUCUGCUCUUGAUUGUUUACCUAUGUUGGCUGAUUGGGAGGAUGUAGCUUUACUGCCAGCAUCUCAGCCUGAGCAAAGUAUAGAUUGUAUACCUUCCAUUAGUGACUCAAACUUAGAUACUUCAUUUAAUUCUAUAGAAAGAUUAAUGGUUUUGAAAGAAGGCACAGAAGAAACUCCUCAAAAAUCUGGGACCUCUAAGUCUGUUGUAUAUAAGAGUCCACAUACUACUAUUUAUCAUGUGAAAGAAGCCAAAGAUCCAGAUGCAGAUGUUUCUGACUUUAAAUUACCUGAAUGCAAAUCAAGUAGCUUCAACAGUGUUAAUGCCACUAUGUCUCAUCCUUCAGUUUUGGGGAAAUACCCCCUCAUUUUAGGUGGUACUAAAAGGAAUCUGGCCAGUCCUCUAUCUGUCCCACCAGCAAAAAAACAGACCCUCACUGUUGGUGAAGAAAAGCCUACAUCAUCUGAUGGCUCCCCAGUGAGAAGUUGUUCCCAGAAGGUCCUCCCCUCUGUCUUAGCUUCUACAGUUAACCUACAAGAGCCUUGGAAGAGUGGGAAAAUGACACCUCCUUUAUGCAAGUGUGGCCGAAGAUCUAAGAGACUUGUUGUUUCUAAUAAUGGACCAAACCAUGGAAAAGUCUUCUAUUGUUGCCCAGUUGGAAAAUACCGAGAAAACAGAAAAUGUUGUGGUUAUUUCAAAUGGGAACAAACACUUCAAAAGGAGAGAGCCAACAGCAGAAUUCUGUCUCAUUCCCCAGGGGGAGUCACUUUUAGUUCCCCAGAAAUAAGCCAUAUUUGUGACAGAAAUGUAAAUUUUUCUAUUAAAAAUUCAUUGAGACUCAGACGUUCAAUGAGGAGUUGA